UUUUCUGCUUUUCUUCUUGGACCAUGGUUUAUAGCACUGGGGAGGUUUCACUGGGGAGAUUUCAGCUGGAGUAAUGUGUCCAGCUUUGCAGGUAAUGUUCAAAAAAGAGGAACAUAAAUGAGCGGAGGAGCCUUUAGCGGAGGGAAAAAGUUACUGACGCAGGAAAUCAAUUCCAGAAGAUGAAGCCUAAUAAAGGAAGGACCUGCACUAGGGAGAGAGACUAUGUGUACAAAUUCAAUGCUGGAAAUCAACAUCUAGUGCUUACCGUGCCUCUCAAAUUCCCUGUGCAAGAGAAUAUUAGUCAUUUGCAUGGACGUCUAAUGCUUCUGCACAAUCUGCCAUGCUUUAUAGAAAAUGACCUGAAGCAAUCUCUUAAUAAGUUCAUAGAAGAGGAAACUAUAAAAGAUUAUGAUAGAGAAGCUGAACUGGCUCUGGAAGCAGUGAAAUCAGGAAAAGUAGACAUAAACCAGCUGGCAGAUACUUGGGCUAAAGCUUAUAAAGAGACAACAUUAGAAUAUGCAAAACCUGAAGAAACCAGCUGGGAUGAAGAUUUUGCAGAUGUUUAUCAUGAUCUGAUACAUUCUCCAGCUUCUGAAAUGCUGUUAAACCUGGAACACAAUUAUUUUGUUAGUAUCUCAGAAUUAAUAAGUGAAAGAGAUGUGGAGCUGAAAAAACUACGGGAAAGACAAGGAGCUGAAAUGGAUAAGGUGAUGCAGGAGCUAGGGAAAUCGCUAACAGACCAAGAUGUAAAUUCAUUAGCGGCUCAGCAUUUUGAAUCUCAGCAGGAUUUGGAGAACAAAUGGACCAAUGAAUUAAAACAAUCUACUGCUAUCCAGAAGCAGGAAUAUCAGGAAUGGGUGAUAAAGCUUCAUCAGGACCUAAAGAAUCCCAACAACAGCUCAGUCAGUGAUGAAAUUAAGCUUCAGCCCAGUCAACUGAGAGAAUCUGUAGAAGGAAAUGGAAGAAUUUAUGAAGAGCAAAGGCUGUUAGAAGAAAGUUUUACUAUUCACUUGGGAGCUCAGUUGAAGACCAUGCAUAACUUGAGAUUACUGAGAGCCGAUAUGCUGGAUUUCUGUAAACAUAAGCGCAAUCAUCGAAGUGGAGUAAAACUUCACAGACUUCAAACUGCAAUGUCUCUCUAUUCAACUUCUCUCUGUGGCCUGGUUUUAUUGGUAGAUAACCGUAUCAGUUCAUAUAGCGGCAUCAAAAGAGAUUUUGCAACUGUUUGCCAAGAAUGCACGGAUUUCCAUUUUCCUGGAAUUCAAGAACAGCUUGAAAUUGUCCAGAAGGUUGUACUUAAGGCCAGAGCACAGCGUAGCAGUAAGUCGAAAAGACAUCAUGAAAACAAAAUUAGUGGAAAUGAAGAUAAAUUAAAGAAUAUUGAACGAAACCAGUCAAAUAUUUUGCCGGGAGAAUUCUACAUCACACGCCAUUCAAAUCUUUCUGAAAUUCAUGUUGCUUUUCACCUGUGUGUGGAUGAUAAUGUAAGAUCCGGUAACAUAACUGCUCGUGAUCCUGCAAUCAUGGGACUCAGAAACAUUCUCAAAGUUUGCUGCACACACGACAUUACUACCAUUAGUAUUCCUCUCCUAUUGGUGCACGAUAUGUCAGAAGAAAUGACCAUUCCAUGGUGCUUGAAGAGGGCAGAGCUUGUGUUCAAGUGUGUCAAAGGUUUCAUGAUGGAAAUGGCCUCAUGGGAUGGAGGAAUUUCUCGGACUGUACAGUUCUUGGUACCACAGACAAUUUCUGAGGAAAUGUUUUACCAACUGAGUAAUAUGCUUCCACAAAUCUUCAGAGUAUCCUCUACAUUGACUCUGACCUCUAAGCACUGAAUUUUGUACAGCAGUAAGAUGCAUCCUGUUGACAAAGGAUGAGAUUACAGAGAUUCUGGAAUGGAAUGUCUCUCUUCUGAGGGAUGAUGACCCUGAAGUGGUAUUUGUUGCAAUUUCAAGAAUCAUGUCGCAAGAAGAGAUAAACACUGUCUGUACUUGGGUGUUAGCAGUUGACUUUUGCCUCUUGCUUUCUGCUUCAGCAGAGUAUUAAUGUUGAAUUCAUCACCUUUAUCUGAAAGACAUUCAAUGUAACUUAUUGUAUGUAAUCUACAGAAAUAUAAGCGAUUCUCAUACUUAAGUAGUAGGAAUAAGAGCUUAUGGUAGGAAUAGGAUCUUCUGGGUGGGCUUCAGGGUGUUGAGUUUUAAAAACAUUUUCUGAAUUUGCUCAGUGAUAUUUAAAAAGAUAUGAAUGAUGUCAGGUGUCUCCUUAGAAUAACUUCAAUGUAAUUAGUCACGGUUGUCUUUCCAGGGUCACAGUGACCACAAAAUAAAAUGUAUUACUGCCUCAUUUUACCAUUUUACUGUUACAAAACGAAACACAUGAAACAAGCAUUUAACCUGCUGCAUUUUGUAAAUCACGGAAGUGUUUAAAAAAAAAAUACAUAUAUACCUGUGACAAUAAUUAGAAUUUUUAAUUAUUAUUUCUUCCUUUUUUUUUUUUAGUAUGUGAAGUUUUUGCUUUAUUUCAAGAUUUCACAUUGACAAGUCUGUCACAUGAACAACUUAAUAGGAACACUGUAGUGUUCUGGACUCUGUUGUACAGGUAUAUUUUGCUGCUUAUUCAUUAUUAAUGUUUUAUGAUUAAACAAUCUAAUCAGAAAUGCUGGGGAGACAGCUCAGGAUGCAGCUAUGAAAUUUCUUGGGACAAACUUGAAUCCAGUCAAAAAAACAACCAACAAAAAA